CAACACGAUAAGUAUGCCGGAAUGAUGUGGGCCAGGUGAUGACAGGGAAACCGGCGGAGAUGCAUGCCGGGAAGCGUUGAGGGGCUCACACGACUGAUCUAAGCCAGAAUGGAGGAACGAUUGAACUGAAAUGGCUUCUGCUUGGAAAUAUAAAAAAUCGCCCGUGUAAGCUUCAGUCACAAUGGGCUUUUGACUGGCAGAGUUGUUCAUAGUGAUCAAUGCUUCUCUCCUGAGCAUAGAAUUCUUUUGGAAAUAAUACAACACCACCAACAUAAUGCGUCGACUCCUCAAUUCACCAAUGGCAUUAAUCCUACUUGGAUGUGCCUUAGGUGUUCCAGUAAUUCCACGAGGUAUGUCUGCUAGCCAUCCUGAUCAGCUAGUGCUAGGCAUUGACCUAGGUGUAGAGGCGUCUCCCACCGGGAACUCUGACUCAGUAUUCGCAACAGUUGAUUCUGUCAAUGCCCGCAAUGUGGAUACAAACUGGUAUACCGAUUCAGCGUCCGGGAUGGCUGAAAAUAUCAAUGUUCGUGACAAGAAUACGAACUGGUAUACCGAUUCGGCAUCUGGCAUUGCCGAGUCUCUCGACAAGAGGGCUAGUAGCGCGGUUCAAAAAAAGGAAGAGUACGAAAGGACUCUAAGAGAGCGCGUUUACAAGAAUAUGCGAACAGAGCCUUUACGUGAAAGCAGCGAAAGAGGUAAGGCACUCUUCGAGUUUACCCCGAAGCCUCGGCAUGAUCUAGUCGAUCGUUGGCACGUCCCAAGCGAGCUUCGAGAGCGCUUUGAGAGCACCUCAUCGGAUGCUGAACGCGUCAGCAUCUUAAACUACUACCUGAUGGUGACCGACCGCGAGCCCAAACCCGCAGCAGAGCUAGGCUUUACGCCGACAUUCGAUGCGCCCGGACUCACCCACGUUAACGAGGUUGGCUACGGAUAUGCACUUGCCGGCCAGCACCAAUACCACUGCGCGAACCUCGUUGCUGAUGCUGUAGACAUUGGAAAGGACAACCUGAAUGACCUUUACCUCAAGCAUACGAUUCAUUGCCUGGGUCUCAUGAAGUGGCUGUCGCCGCAGUUGACCAUGAAGCAGCCCACGGGCUACCUGCUGCCUUUUGCCAACGAGAUAAUGCACCACCCCCAAACAAUCGAUAGCAUGUUGCGACAAAAGCGACAUGGCUGA